GGGGUGGACCCAGCUCUCUAGAUGGAGCCCCCACUAAGGAAGCUGGGAAUUCAGCUUUCCCCAGGGGCUCUGUCUGCUCACAUGUGGGGAUUGCUGCAUGAACAGGAGUAAAGACCCGAUUGGGCAGAACCAUUCCUUGUUCUAUUUUUGAAGCUUUUUGGCUGAAGCCAGUGUUUCACAUGAGGAAAUGAAAGUCGGCUGAUGUAAUUCAGUUUAAAAUAGGUGUCACCUUUGGGGACCUAACCCAGAUUGUAAUUUUCUUUGCGUGCUGGGUAUUUAGAACUUGGCAGAGAAUGUGAUGUUAGGGUUGCGACUAAGGUUUGGGGGUGGGGAAGCAGAGGCACUGGCAAAAGGUUCUUGUAGCAGUUGGGACCUCAUUGACCUGGGGGGUAGAGUUUUAGUGCAUCUUGAUUUCUUUAGUAAUGUAACUGCUAAGCAGCAUUGAGUGAAGAGUUAGACCUCUUUGGGCCUUCAUUCUUCCCUUUGAAAGCAAGAGUGACUUUGUGUGCACAGUGGCUGAGGACCCAGUGGGGCAGGAACCUUGCCUAGCACUGAGUGGGUGCUGCAGGCUCCAUGGGGUUUUACUGCAGUUCCCUGCAAGGGCAGUUGCUGGAGGGGGAGCCUCUAGGAGGAGGCAGAAGGAAGGCUGGCAGAGGUGCCUUUCACCGUCCCUGUGGCUCAGGAAAGCAGCAGGCUGUAGUCAGGCUGUGCCCACGGUGAGGAGGCAGCAGUGGGUGGUCAGUGGCCGAGUCUGCUCUUGAGCUGCUCUUGAGGUCAGUCCAUUAAUGAAAGUGUGGCCGCACGUGAGCCCAGCCAUCCUUAACUGGAGCUGCUGCACAGGAGACAUGCUUCGGGCUUUCCAUGCAGCCUUGCGGAACUCUCCGGUCAACACCAAGAAUCAAGCCGUGAAGGAACGAGCCCAGGGUGUGGUGCUGAAAGUGCUCACAAACUUUAAGAGCAGCGAGAUCGAGCAGGCUGUGCAGUCCCUGGACAGAAAUGGCAUUGACUUGUUAAUGAAGUACAUUUAUAAAGGGUUUGAGAAACCCACAGAAAACAGCAGCGCAGUGUUACUCCAGUGGCAUGAAAAGGCCUUAGCUGUAGGAGGACUAGGCUCCAUUAUAAGAGUUCUUACAGCAAGAAAGACUGUUUAAAAACAAAAAAACAAAAAGAACUCAUGUUACCCUGAAGAAUUUUCGAUGCCCAGGCUGGACUGACAAUGGACCAUCUUCCUAGGAACUCCCAACUACAAAUUUCAGGACAUGAAUCUGCUGAAAUGUAUUUUAUUUUCGAGGUGGAGGGAGAAUCUCUAAAUCCUUUGCAGGAUCCGAGUCUGCCUCUGUCUACAGAGUUCUGUAGAACUGACCCUUGACUGUCUGCAGAGUGGCUGGCCCGUGUCGGUCAGGUGUUACUGUGUGCACUGCCUGUUUGAAAUGGGGGGGGAUUUGGGCAGGUGCAGAUCCAAGGGCUGUGGUGAAAGGGAGAAUUUGUUUUUCAGAAGUGGGUAAACCCGAGAGUUUGUACAGACAUCCUGUCUUCCCAGAGAAGGCAGACGCUCGGGUUCAUUGUAAAGUGCCUGCUGCAUCAAUAAAGCUCUUGGCUUAUUAGUA